AAUGAACCACCAUUAGUACCAUAUCGAAUUCCAAUUAUUGGGCAUGCAUAUAGUUUUCUAUUUGACGCUGAAAAUUUUCUCAAAAAGUGUAAGGAAAAGUAUGGUGAAACGUUUACCUUAUUCAUCUUUGGAAGGGUAAUAACUUUUACAGGACAAGAAGCUUCCCAUGAAGUCUUGAUGAAUUCUAACUUUUUUGAUUUUCAUGCGGCAUUAGAUAGG